AUGAAACUUUUGUUGAUUUUUGUUGUUGCCAUUUUUGGAAUCGUUUUUGCCGAAGAUGAAUUUUGUUACAACGACGUAGUUGCUGCUUGUAAACCUGCUGGAACAGAAGAAUUAGUUAAUUGUAACGCAAGAUACGGUGGCAUCAAUUCGGUAGAAUACGAUUUACAAAGUUUUGCUAACAAGCAUUUGACCCACAGCUUUCAAUAUUUAUUACUUUCAUCUCAUUUUGGUAAUUAUGAAAAAAAUAGAAUGGGAUUUUCGAAAUUGUUUAGAAAACUCUCGGAUUCAACUUGGAGCGAAGGCAUUGAACUUAUUAAAUACCUAACUAAAAGAGGUGGUUCAAUGGAUUUCAAGAGCAAACGCCAAGAAGAUACCUUAACCGAAACUCAAAAUGAUACCUAUGAACUCUACGAAUUGGAAAGCUUGGCAAAAGCACUCGAUAUUCAGAAAUCGUUUGCAACGGAAGCGAAUAGAAUUCACACUCAAGCCGUUGAAGAUGCCGAAGUUCAAUCCCACGUUCAAAACGAAUUCGUGCACAAAUUCAGGGAUACCAUACGGGAAUUAUCGGGACACACAAACGAUUUGAAAAAUUUAAUGGCGAGCAGCAAGCAAAACAGUUUGCACGUUUAUUUGUUCGACGAAUACCUUCAAAAAUUAUAUUAG